CCUGGCCGGCGGGGGGAGCCGGCGAAGACGUGGCUGGCCGGGUGCUGAGCCGCUGGCUCGCCCGCCACGAAGACGCAGAACAUGAACCUGCCUCGGGGACCGGAGAACCUGUGCUUCGACAAGGAUGAGUUUAUGAAGCCAGACUUCGAUGUUGAUCACUUUGUGUCUGAAUGCAGAAAACGUGUUCAAUUGGAAGAGCUUCGUGAUGAUCUUGAGCUCUACUACAAACUUCUCAAAACUGCCAUGGUAGAGCUCAUAAACAAGGAUUAUGCAGACUUUGUUAAUCUUUCCACCAAUCUGGUUGGCAUGGACAAAGCCCUUAAUCAGCUUUCAGUGCCUUUGGGACAGCUGCGAGAGGAAGUUAUGAGUCUUAAGUCGUGUGUCAGUGAAGGAAUUCAGGCAAUUGAUGAACGUCUAGCUAAACAAGAAGAUAUCAGGAGAAGAAAGAUGUGUGUGUUGAGACUCAUUCAAGUUAUUAAAUCAGUUGAGAAAAUUGAGAAAAUUCUUCACUCCCAAAAAGAAACAUCAUCACUGGAAGGAAGCAGCCCACUUCUGACUGGACAGAUUUUAGAGCGAAUUGCUACAGAAUUCAACCAGUUACAAUUUCAUGCAGUUCAGAGCAAAGGAAUGCCACUUUUAGACAAGCUGAAACCACGUAUAGUUGGAAUAACCGGUAUGUUGCAACAAUCUCUGGAAGGAUUGCUUUUAGAAGGUCUUCAGGCUUCCAACAUUGACAUUAUACGCCAUUGCUUGCGCACCUAUGCAACAAUAGACAAAACACGGGAUGCUGAAGCAUUAGUUGGUGAAGUGCUUGUGAAACCAUAUAUCGAUGAGGUGAUUAUAGAAGAGUAUGUUCAGUCUCAUCCUAAUGGCCUCCAGACCAUGUACAGUAAAUUGCUGGAAUUUGUUCCUCUCCAUUGUCGCCUCUUACGUGAAGUAACAGGGGGUGGUAUCUCAAGUGAAAAAGGGAAUACUGUUCCUGGAUAUGACUUUUUGGUUAAUUCUGUGUGGCCAGAAAUAGUUCGUGGUUUAGAAGUUAAGUUGCCUUCACUCUUUAAUCCGGGGAAUCCAGAUGUCUUUCAUGAGAAAUACACUGUAAGCAUGGAUUUUGUAAGGAAGUUUGAACGGCAGUGUGGUUCCCAAGCCAGUGUAAAAAGACUAAGAUUGCAUCCCUCCUACCAGAGCUUUAAUGAUAAGUGGAAUUUACCUGUUUACUUCCAAAUAAGGUUUAGAGAAAUAGCAGGGGCCUUUGAAGCAUCCCUAUCUGAUGACUUGGGGGAAGCUCCAGCUGGAAGUCCAUAUUGUCUCUUGGCUACACAUAUGGCAUGGACAAGUUUACAGAAGUGUUGGUCAGCUCAGAUAUUCCUGCCAUUACUAGCACACCGUCUGUGGAAGCUUUCUCUGCAGAUCGUAGCACGCUAUUCAUUUUUUAUUAAUGAGCUUUUGCUCAGGCCCAUCUCUAACGAAAGUUCAAAGGACCAUAAAAAACUACUGACAAGCAUUAACAAGGAAUCUGUGCUGAACCCCAGCUCUGUUGAGGAACAACGGAAUGACUCCAGUCCUGAUCCUCAGUCUUUACCUUCCAUUUCUACUACUCAACUCAUGCUUGUUGCUGCGGAUUUGGACCACCUUCAGGAAUGGCUUCCUGAACUGAUGGAAAUUAUCAAACCAAAACUAGCAACAGUGGGAUUCAUGAAUAUAGACUGCAUCUCAGGAGCACUGGAAGACUCAAAGGAUUCUUUACUGGGUUGUUGGCCAGCCUUAAACAGUAAAAUCAUUCAGGAUUUAAGUGACUCCUGCUUUAGUUGCCUGAAAAGUGCUGUAGAGAUCCCAAGACUAUAUAGAAGAACCAAUAAGGAAGUGCCAACCAAGGCAUUGCCGUAUGUUGAUGCUGCUGUUAAACCUUUCUAUCAGCUGAAGAAUGAAUACAAAGAUACGUUAAAACCAGCUAUAAUUGAGCAGUGGCUUGAAGGAGCACUCAGUACAAGCACCCAGAAGUACUUUGAAACAGUAUCAGACAUUUUGAGUUCUGUAAAGAAAAUGGAAGAGAGUUUGAAAAGACUAAAGCAGGCCAGGAAAACAGUGACUGCAAAUAGUACCUUUCCAAAUGGAGGCAUGAGUGAUGAUAACAAAAUCCGCCUUCAGUUGGCCCUAGAUGUGGAGUACUUUGGAAUUCAGAUGCAGAAGAUGGGAUUGCAAUUGAGCAACAUCAAAAGCCUUUCAGCUCUGUCAGAGCUUGUUCAAGCUGCCAAGGAUCAGAUAUCAGCAGAACAAACAUAGCAAGAUUUCCAGAUGUGUGAUGAGAGCAGGCCUACUUUCAAAAAGAAGAGAGUUUAUUUUUACUUUUCUCUCACCAAAUACUAUGUAGCAAUGAAGUGCUUCCUAAUGCAGCUUGUACAGCAAGUUAAAUGUGUCUCAAGAUACAUAAGAACUUGUUCCACCAAAAAGGAGAACCUUGCAGGAUAGAACAUUUACUCUAGUUUUCCAUUAUAUGGAAGACUGUUUAUAUUAUUUCUAAAUAUUCUACACAGAGCUACGAAAGUCUUUUUAAUUUUUAUUGUAAAUCUUUAUCAUGCUGUAAAAAUGAUUUAAUGUGAUUAAAAUGAAAAAGAAAA